AUGUUCAAGCAUCUAGAACUCACAGAUAAAUACAAGCAAACGGAUGGAAAACAUGGACCUACUCUUUCGCCAGCUGAGGACUUCCUAGGCCCAGCUGUCCCGGAAACCCAAGCGGCACAGGUGGAAUGUAAAACCAUCAUGGAGGUGAUCGAAUCAGGCGGUCCAACGUGUUAUUACGGUAGUGAAGACUUUUCGUUGGACUCCGAGCGACGCUUACUUAGCGUGCGCCGUGAGUAUCUCCUUCGCGAAGAGAAAACUCAUUAUGCUGAAUGCAUCGACUAUAUGCUCGGAAAGGCGUUUACUGAUGAUCCAAAGCUUGAAAGCGGACGGUCCUAUGCGAUGAGGACGCAGCAUAGGAUUUAUGACGCACCAUACAUGAUAGGCAAGGCGCCUCUGGGAUGGCAGACACUACAUCAACCGUCUUCAACAGUAUCCAGCUAUUCAGGGUGCAAUUCCAUCCCAAGAACGAUUGGUUCACCAGCGUCCCGCGCCAAUUCCAUGAAUGAUGAUGCGUUCAGCCGGGUAGCCCUGCCACAGGCGAUUUGCAGUCGCGUAUCGGCGGGGCCUGGCACGCGUCUUGUCUUCCUUCCACUGUCACCAGAUAACCCGCUCUCAUUCUGGACGAAUCAAAUACCAGAAACGUUCCUAGAGACAAUUCGGGACGACAGCGUCGACGUCGAGAAGGACAUUUUAUUCGCACCUGUUGAAGACGAGGAGCUGGAUAUUCAGGAUAAAAAUCAUCGGUAUGCUUCGAGAUGGGAUGGUUUCCAUGCGAAUCACGGGUCGCGUCCAGCACGAAGAGAUACCUCUUCGCCGUCACUGAGAUUGGUCGUUCGAACAGGAGAAUUCUUCUCUCCUCGUGACUACCCAAAGAUACAACAACUGAAGACUCGUUUCUACCGGCGACCGGUCCUCGACAAGGCUUGGCAUAGCCUCUCCCGACGUAUUCCUCUCCCGGAGAAGGCCUGGUCCCGUGAAGAACAGCGUUACCAAGCAAAGGUAGAAGAGAAGAAGACGCAGCCGGAGCCAACAGCAACACCACCCUCUCGACAGGAUGGAAUGUCUGCGCUGGACCGUGCAAAGGUGAUCGUAGAUUCAAAGAACUGCUAG